AUGGAGGCGCUGAUUAAUGACGCUAGAGAGCUGUUUGGUUAUGGAGAAGAUGAAAAUCUUUCCGUUUUUUUGGAAAGUGAAGGAGCUAGGGUAUCUUCAGAGGAAAUUUUUCGAGCCAUAGCAGAAGAAACCAAUGGUAGAAUAGUGUUGAUGAUUCUAAGCCAGACCCGGGGAGAAUUUUGGAGUCCGGCGGAAGUGCCAAGUAAACUGACUAGUCUAAACAUACAGACAAUGAACAUCACCGAAAGCCAAAAGAUCCAAGUAGGAGACAACAACCAAAUUUUUCAGACAGAUUAUACCAGGGAUGUUGAUGGUGUGCAGGAUGUCAUGUCGGUCCAAGCAGAAAACACGGAAGAUAUUUCAGUGAUAACUGAUCCGUUACGUCGCCUGUAUGCACUGAUCUCACAGCCUAAGUUUUGGUACGAGCUAGAUAGGACUGCCCGCCAGGUGGACAGAAGCGAAGUCCUUAAGUACAGGGAUGAUAAUGGAUUCAAUGUUCUACACGCUGCAGCGUUUCACAAUAACGAACAUGCAGUUCUGACAAUAUUCAGACAUUUUGAUUGGGCGACACUUUCCACGCAGGUCACAAGCGGCACUCACACUGGUGAGCUGGAUGGUUGUACUGCCAAAGAGAUAGCUUUAAAGAAACAUCACAAGAGUGUGGCAGACCGAAUUGAUUUAGUAGGAAAAAUUGAGAGUGAAACGAAACCAAUUCACAAGGUCAUAAGAAAUAAGAGAAUGGAUGAGCUAAAAAAACUCUGCACUCGUGACCAUAAUUUGGUAAAAAUUACUGACUCAGAUAAUUUUACCCCACUGCACUAUGCCGCCGGUGUAGGAUUCCUAGAUGGCGUGGAGCUGCUUUUCAAAAUGGGUGCAGACCUGAAUGCUGUCACAGAUGGUGGUGAAACAGCCCUGGGUCGUGCCUGCAGGAUGGGGUACGAUGACGUGGUGGAGUACCUCACUGAUCUAACGAACAUUGACAUCAAGAAAAGUGUUUUUAACUAUAUGGGAGACUUAACAUGUCUCGAUGCCGCAGCGGAAGGCAACUUCAGAGAUAUUUACAACAGGCUACAGCACCACGGUUUAACUGUGACCAGCAAUACCCUGGUGUGUGCCGCACGGGGCGGUCACCUCGAGUUAGUGAAAGAAAUAGCAGCAAUGGACGGAAUCGAUGUUAAUUAUCAAGACAAGUAUGGGAACACAGCUCUGAUUGAAGCAUCUAGAUAUGGUCAUGUAAAUGUGGUUAAGUGUUUGAUAAAUGAACAUAAGGCAGACCCCAGUAUUCAGAACAAAAACGGAAACGCUGCUCUUCACAUUGCAGUUCUCAAUAAUCCCGGCCUGGGCGUCGUGGAUUGUCUGUUAGAUGAAGGUGGUGCAGAUCCAACCAUCCUAAAUAAUGAUGGAAAAAAUCCAGCACACUGUGCCGCACGUUGUGGACAAGUACAACAUUUGGAUGCCGUUCUGAGAAGGAUUCGCGGACGUAGGAUUGAUCCAAAUAUUCAAGACAAAUACGGGAACACCGCUCUGUGUGAAGCAUCUAGAUAUGGUCAUGUAAAUGUGGUUAAGUGUUUGAUAAAUGAGCAUAAGGCGGACCCCAGUAUUCAGAACAAAAACGGCAACACUGCUCUUCACAUUGCAGUUCUCAAAAAAGUCGGCCUGGACGUCGUGGAAUGUCUGUUAGCUGAAGGUGGUGCAGAUCCCACCAUUCUAAAUAACAUAGGUAAAAAUCCAGCACACUUGGCAUCAAGCAGUGGGCAAGUGCAGUGUUUGGAUACCAUUCUGAGAACACAUCCUGGAUUGAUGAACAAACGAGGUAAUCUCUUAGGGAAGGUCUAUUUAGUGCGCGGUAAAAAUGGAGAAAGACCCGCGUGGCAUUAUGUUCUGGUGAAGAGGAAGCUUCUUGCGGACUUCUUAGUGAAAACAAAUGGAGGAAGUUUAUUAGAUGUGGCAGAUUACGGAAAGGUGCUGCACUCAGGAUGGGGAAAAGAUCCCCCCGAUGACAUCAUAAAGAAGAUUGAUGACAAGUACGAUACGUGUGAAGUUUCUGCACCAGAGGAUCUAACCCCGCUCCACCACGCCGUUCUAGAACAACACCCCGCUGUGGUGGAGAAACUUCUGGAGAUUGGAGCUGACACAGACGUGCGCGAUGCGUAUAAACUGACGCCGCUGCAUUUGGCCUGUAUGCGCGGUAACAGAGAAAUUGUGAAACUACUGGUGGAAGCAGGGGCGGACAUCAAGGCGGCAGACGACGAUGGCGACACCCCACUGGACAUGGCAAAACUCAACCACCAGGAUCUCACUGUUAAUAUCUUGCAGAAGGUGGAGAUAGUGAAAUUCUUUAGAGUAAGUUAA